AAUCAUUAUUCAUAUUCAAGAUUCAUAUUCAUUUUGAGUUCCUCCCUCUCUUUCUCAACUUUUUUUUUUCUUUUCUUUUCUGAUCUCCAAUUCUCUCAUCUAUAUUCACAUGAAGAAGUGCAUAUUAAAGCUGGAUUUAAAUGAUGAUAGAGAUAAGAGAAAAGCUUUGAAGAUUGUAUCUACACUCUCAGGGAUAGAUGCAGUUGCGAUGAACAUGAAGGACAAAAUGUUGACGGUUGUUGGGAGCGCUGAUCCUGUCAAUGUAGUUAGCAAACUACGAAAGUUCUGGCCAACGACUAAUAUAAUAUUCGUUGGCCCGGCUAAAGAGCCAGAGAAAAAAGAGGAGGGGAAGAAGGAAGAAGGGAAGAAAGACGAAGGGAAGAAAGAUGAGGGUAAGAAGGACGAGGAAAAGAAGGAUGAUGGUAAAAAAGAAGACGGUAAAAAGAAAGAAGACGGUAAAGAGGAAGACAAAAAAAAGGUACCAGCCGGGAUGCCAAUAAUGCAAAUGCCAAUGCAGAUGCCAAUGGCGAUGCCAAUGCCAUAUAGACCGGCUUAUUACCCUCCGAUAAACACCUAUCAACAAAAUUAUCAUCCAUAUCAACAACAAAACUAUCAACCACUUCACCAUACCUAUCAACCGCGUCACCAUAGCAUAGAAGAGAAUCCAAAUGCGUGCAUUAUUUCGUGAAAUUCUCAAUCGUUAACGAAUAUAUAUAUAUAUAGUCACAAAUAGCAAUUACCGAAUCUAAAAAACGGAUUUGCUAUGUUACUUUGUUCCAGUAAGGAAUCCGAUUAAAUUUUUGGGUAUUAGUCGAUAUGCAUUGUCUUGAUGCAAAAGCUAAAGGCAAGUGACACCCAAAAAGCGAAAGGAACUUAUAUAUCAUUUUGUAUAAAAAGAAGGGUAUUUUGCUUACUUUUUUGAAUCUAGGGGAACAUAAUAAAGAAAUUUUGAUUUGUAUUAUAAAGAAUGUACGAUGUAUAAAUGUAAAUAAGUUAUGUUUCAAACUGCGAUUAUUGACUUUUCACACA